AAUCGCUCCGAAACGCAAAUGUCUGACGCUGUAAACUCGAAAAGAGAAUGAUAAAUUUGACUUACACACUUUUCUGUAUAAUAAAAAACGUAUAGAGUCCUCAAUUCGCAUAUAAUUGUAAAGAAUUCCGUGUCGAAUAUAAUGAUGAAUAUACUAAUUCGCAUGAAUGUUAUUAGGAUUAUCGACCUUAAAGCUCGUCGCCGUGCGCUUUUCCUCCUGACUUCCCGUGGGCUGUAGAUGCGUAUAAGAAGAUGUCGAAUCAAGGCUUUGUCGUCGCAGAAUUCCCGGAUGGUAUUCAAGUAAUACCAAAAAUUUGGUUGCAAAAUAAAGAUGAAUGCAAAUAUCCCUCGCAUUUUAAGACGGAUAUAAAAAUCCGAAAAGCGGUAGAGAAACAGGAGAUACCAAAGUUUGAUUGGCCCGCAUUAGAAGUUAUAAGAAUUUUUGGCGAAUAUUCGUCCUUACAGAAGGCUUAUGCGAAGGCAGAAAAAGCUUUAUACACGUCAGAUAUGGACACGGAAAAGGAAGCAAAAUAUUACCGAAAACAUAGAGCGAGAAAAAUUUACUCUUCGUCGGAAAGCGAAGAAGAGUCUGGUGUAAAUUUGCCACCUGCUCCAUGUCCUCCUGCAAAACAUCAACGACUCAACGAUUCAGAUGUAUCUCGGAUACAAUGUAAAACUACAUCCAAUGUACGCUCUUCCGAAAAAUCACAAUCAUCGCAAAUUACAAACUCGAGCUCCCAUUCAUCAUUUUUACAAGCUUCGCCUAUUAAUGAAGAUAGGAAUGGAGAUGAUUUCGGUGCUUCAUGUGAAACAGAUGCUGAGGAACAUAUGCCGCGUACUAUUAUUGCUCCAAGAGAGAAAACUCGAGAUGGCUUGAUACAUGCCCAUGGUCGGUCAGACAAUGAAUAUUCGCAUAACAGCCCUAUAAUAAAAGGGAAAAAUCGAAUUAAUUCGACACAUAAUUGGUAUGACACCAUCGAUCCACCAUUGACGCCAUCGAUCGGCUCGAGACAUAAUGACAAUGAUGCGGGAAAAAUUGGCCGAGCUACUAAGAAUAAGUAUACGUACAGAGAAAUUGAAAAGGAAAAGGAAAAUUUUAAUAAUCAAUUUUCACACGCAGAAGGUCCAAUUGUUGAUCAUUUAAAAAAAUUAACGAGGGAAGUAGCAUCAGUAAAAUAUGAUGUGAGGCAAAUACUGACCUUAGUAGACAUCAUAGUGGACAAAAUUAAUAAAGACACAGAAUGUGAGAGAACACAAAUUUCCUUUGAGGGCGCUGAAAACCGGUUUCCCUUGCAAACCGUAGUUCAGUUAGCGGAAGUUGAGGAGAUCUUGAAAGCGUCAAAUUCCCAACAUAACACUGAAAUACGCGGAUAUAUCAAAUCCAUCGGAGGGACAAGUGUCGAUGAUGCCGUAAAGAGAACAUUGUAUAAAGUAUUCUCCAAUAAAUUGGCGGAGAGAUAUAACUGGGAAGGCCGACGCGGAAAGGAACCACUGCAGAAACUGGAAGUGAUGAAAGUUAUUUUCAGAUCCAUACUUCACAAUAUCCCGGAUUCCGACCAGAGAAAAAUACAACGACGAGUUAUGGAGUGGUUCCGACAUUCCAAGGCGAGGCAUGAAAAUGAGGAGAAGCGGAUGAAUAGACGCGAAGCAAUGUAGCGAGAUCGCAGAGACUGGACCGAUGAAGACCGAUGAAGCCAGUGAUAUGCGCGGACGAAGCCUCUCCCUGUUAGAAUUGUUCCAGGACCUCAAUUGUUAAAAUCGAAAAAUUUUCCUAUGCGAAAGACGCUACGCGAUUCUUCAGAUUGGUAUAUAUUUUUAAAUUUAAAAGUAUAUACCAAUCACACACACACACAC